AAAUGGAGAGGAGGGGAUAUGAUGAAUAUUACUAUGGAUCUAGAUAUUAUGCAGGUAGUAAGUAUAGGCAUACAGAUCACAGGUAUGCUCCAAAGGUUGUGAGAAGCAGUAUUAAAUACGAUUAUGAGGGUCCAAUCCGCCAAAUCAAUCUUGAUAAUGAAGAACUCAAGAAAAUUCUAUCAAUAAGGGAGGAUGAAGUUAGAAUUCUCCAGUCUGAAAUCCAAACUUUCAAAUCCAAUGAAACUAACAAAGAGAAGGAAAAAGAAUCCAGAGCGCUGCAGCUUAGUCAAACCGAGAAAAGAAUCGUUUCUCUUACCCAAAAAAUAGCUGAUUCUAAGACUAAGCUACAAAACCUCCAAGGAGGAGAUCGCAAGGCUGAUCUCCAGAGGUUGCUAGAAAUUAUGUCUACCAAACAAAAUGAGGAAGAUGAGAUGCAAGCUCGCUUUGACAAGCUAAAGAAAGAACUAGCUCUUCUCAAAGAGGAUGGGCGUAAAUUACAAGCGUCUGCAAAUGAAAAGGAAACUGAAAUUGAAGAAUUUGAGGAUGAGCAACAAGCUAAACAGAUUUCUGAGAAGCAAGAAAUAGAAAGCCUCGAGCUCAUUCUUAGCACAAGUAAGAAAGAUGCUGAACAGCUUGAUACCAAGAUUGGGGAAGAAGACCUCAGGAUUAGAGAUAUCGAUGUUCUUAAUAAAGAAAUCGAGAUCAUCAAUGAAGAAAUCAAAGUGAGGAAAGAAGAUUUUGAUGAACUGAAGGAUGACCUUCAUGUCCUGAAAGAAGAAGUUAAGGACCUUAGAGGAAAAGCACUUAAAAUUAGAAUUGAAAAAGCUCAGAAUGAGAAACAGGUUAGCCAGUACAAGAAUGAUAUUAUGGUAUUUAAAAAAAAUAUUGAAGAACUAACAGAUGCAAUUAAUAAACUCUGUGAGGCUAAAGACAAAAGUAACGCUGCCCCAGGAGUCAAUGGCAAUAGGUCUAGGUAUUAUGGAAAUAGUUUAAGAGGACUUUAUGACAUUAGAACUUCUCCAUAUGCUUAUCAAGAAAGACCAACCUAUUCAAGAUCCUCUUCUCUUGGGAGAAAGACCAUUUCUCAUCCGGAAGAGUAUACCUCAUGUUCAAGAUACUCUUCCUUCGAGAGAACUGUUCAUAAAGAUCCUGAGGUAAUAGAACUUUGUAAUAAAAAGAAAUUUGAGUUGAAACAUAGCAGAGUCUUUAAUCUGUAUAAUUCAAGAAAUGAUACUUGAGAAAGACUUGAUAGAAACAGUCUUGAUCAUUCUCAGGCAAGACAUCAUAAUACCAUUGAGUACGAUAGGCCAUAUGGCGAAAGGCACUCACGAAGGCUCAAGCAAAGAUUACUCUCUUCAAAGAAUCAUACCUCUAUAUUGAAUCGAUUACUUGAGUAUCCAAAAGCAUCUGCAGCUCUAGAUAGAAUGCAGGAUUUUGAUAUAUUUGAGCUAGCAGAUCAGCAAACAGAUAAUAGAAUAUCAUCUGUAGAGAGUAUCUUCGAUGAAUACUCUCAGCAGAAUCAAAACAAGCCUCAGAAAAGAUCAAGAAUUAAAAAAGUAUUCAAUGCAGCCAUGAAUAUGAUGAGAAAGAGAGAAAAUGCCCCUCUCUAAAGAAAGUAGACUCCAUUCAGGCUAUCCAAUGAGGAAAGUAGAUGUACUAGCACUAAAACCAAAGCAGAUGCUAAGACUAUCUGCACAGUUUCCAAGUGGUAGAGUAGGCAUCUAAGAUAUUUACUUCCAUUUUCAACUGAACAUUUUA